AUGGCGAACGAAUAUUCGCACAUUCAUACGCCGAUCCACCCUCGGGCGCCGACCGCUAACCUUGUAUCCGUCAAGGUGCUCGUCAGCUUGAUUGGUCAGGUGGCUAUCUGCGGAGGCUUUCAGAUGUGGGCAUUCUAUUACACUCGUCGACAAGACUGGUACGAGCCUCCAGAGAUCAACCCCGACGAGCUCAAUACCAGCAAUCCCGAGAACUCGGCCGUCUUUCUCGUCUCCUCAUUCCAAUAUGUCAUCGGGUCCAUCGUGUACUCCACAGGCUACCCAUACCGGAAGCCGGUCUACACGAACGUAUGGCUAAUGGCAACAGUGACGAUUCUGCUGCUGUUCUCGCUCUUUGCACUCUUCACACCUUCGGGACUCGUCUUUGAUCUGCUGGGACUGGUCUCCUUGCCGCGCUCUUUCCACAUUGCGCUCUUCAUUGCGGUCGUGCUCAACACCAUCCUCUGCUUCCUCUUCGAGUCGGUACUGUCCAAGUAUGUCGUCAAAUUUGUGAAGGGCGUUCAGCGACUGUCCCGCCGAUCGAGACGGAACAAGACACGCAAACACGGCAGCAAGAUGUAUAAAGCUGUCGAGCGAAGCAUGCAGCACGAUGGAGACGCUUGA